GCUCUCCUCUGCCUCCCCUCUCUCCUCUCCCCGGCUCAGUCGUUGCAGGGAUGUGCUGGCUGCCUGGACUCCUCUGCUCCUCCUCUCUGUGCUCCUCGUCUCCUCAGCGGGCAUCCGGCAGGGACUCUGCAGGAGUCUCUGGGGGAACCACCUUCGAAAGGCCGGACUGUGAUCCUGUGAAACUGGAGGUGAAGAAGGAGGAGCUGAGGACAUGAUCGACUGGACAAAUGCAACGGCGAGCAGCCGCCAGGGACCUGGCCUGCAACCUGCGGAGCUGCAAAAGUCCAAGUGUGUCCUGGGAUUCAUUCCUGUGAUCUACUACAGUGUUUUGCUCUGUGUGGGACUGCCAGUCAACAUCCUCACCGCGGUGGCCUUGUGCAGACUCGCCUCCCGCACCAAGAAAGCUCUCUACUACUACCUCUUGGCGGUGACCGGCUCAGACAUCCUGUCACAGCUUUUCAUCAUCUUUGUGGGAUUCCUGCUGGAGACGGCCGUUUUCCACCGCGACGUUCCAGCAGCGCUGCUCCAAUCAGUCAGUGCGGCAGAGUUUGCCGCCAACCACGCCUCCAUCUGGUCCACCGUACCGCUCACCGUGGACCGCUAUGUGGCGCUGUGCCACCCUCUCCUGCAUCGACAGAUCAGCUACCCGGCACGGGCCCGGAGGAUCAUCGCGUCGGUGCUGGCGCUGGCGCUGGCGUCCGGCGUGCCUUUCUUCUGGUGGUCAGACAUGUGGAGGAACAGCCAUCCGCCCACGGCGCUGGACUCUGUUCUCAUAUGGACUCACGUCACCAUCAUCUACUUCCUGCCCUGCAGCAUUUUCUUCGUGCUGAACUCCUUGAUCAUUCACACGCUGAGGGUGAGGAAGAGGCGGCAGCCCUGUCAGAAGGGCCACAGGCCCGCGCAGCGCCUCGGGAAAACCACGGCCAUGCUGCUGGCUAUCACCUCUGUGUUCUCCGUUCUCUGGGCGCCCAGAACGGCCGUGGUCAUCUACCACCUGUAUGUGUCCUCAGUUCACAGCGACUGGCGUGUCCAUCUGGCCUACGACCUGUCCAACAUGCUGGCCAUGCUCAACACCGCCGUCAACUUCUUCCUCUAUUGUUUCGUCAGCAAACCCUUCCGUAACGUGGUGCGGGAUGUGGUGCUCCUCCGGAGGUGGUCGCUGUACUCUGGCCCUCGCCAACACCAGAGCCCCAACAACAACUCUAUAUCCUCCCUUUACAGUGGGAACAACAAGCGCUCACAGAGAGACUCCACCCCCUUAUCACCUCACAGGGCAAGAAAGCCGUCGUGACCCCCCGCCCCUCCCCUCUAAUCAAAAACACCCGUCGUCCCACGGUCCCGGUGCACUUGGAACCCCAGGGACGCUCUCUGCGUUCCAGCCGUGACCGUGGACAGAAGCCAGUAAGCCCUGGAGCUGAGGACUCCGGCCUGUUUGGGGUUUUUGGUCCAUGUAAAUCACAGCACAUAUUUAUUUUUCUCUAAAAAGAAUUAGAUCAAAUAAAGGAAGGCAUUUCCCUUCUUUAUACAUGCCAAUACUGUGGUUUUCUUAUGUUGUUUGGGAGUGAAGGUCAAAAUCUGUUUAGCUUCUGUUGGAUGGUGAAAAUUCCUCUCUGAUGUUUCUGUGAGGCUAUCGUCUGCCUCUGCCUUAAUGUGCUUUUGUUGGGUUAGAGUUGAUAUGAGUGAAAAGGCUUUAACUAACUGGUUAGUUAAAUGGACCAAAACGCGUCCCACCUCCCUGCCUGAGGAGAGUCUUAUCUAAAUCGUCAGUCUCAGCGCCAAAACCCGCAGCCGCCACAGCAAACGCAUGUUUGUCUGACGCUGAGAGGGAGACGGAUUUAAGGGCAAAGCCGGCCAAAAACAGCCCUUCCAACAGUGAUCUACACAAACAACCAGUGCAACAUGCGCACGGCGUCAUGCAUGCAUGAGCAUGUGCAUGUGCAUGCACUGAGCGCUGCGCCGGUACAUUUCCAUCUCAGCUCAGUGAGAAAUCACUGAUGCCUGAUGAAAAGCCGCCUGC